AUGAACUUUGAGCCUGCAUAUAGGGCCCCUCUGCUCCCUACUGAUGUUCUCACUUACAUCUUCUCGAACCCAGCCUACGACCAUUCUGUCCCAAUCUAUGUCGACGUCCAUAACCCUUCUCGAACCAUCUCCUACAAUCAAGCCCAUCGCAUCGUCCGUCAACUCAUUGCCGGUCUUCAUGCCUGGGGUGUACAGAAGGGCGACUGCGUCAAUAUUCACUCAUUCAAUAAUCUCAAGCACCACCCCCACUCCGCGCAGGUGCAAUCCAUAGUAACCGAGCCAGGACUCCUGGACACUGUCUUGAUCGCUGCGCGAGAUGUGAACAUCCUCUCCUCACGGAUGCGCAUAUUUGAUGUCCGGAAACAAGCAGUUCCCGCAGGCACCGUGUCCUGGACAUAUUUAUUCGGGCACGGCGAGAGAGAUUGGGAACGCAUCAGUGAUGCCACCGCUGCAGCUCGAACCACCGCAGUCCGACUAUUCAGUAGUGGGACAACGGGUCUGCCAAAAGCGACCGCGAUCACACAUACGAAUCUGGUUGCACAGCAUGAGCUCGUGUUCGAGUCGCAUCAUCGACAGUAUCGGGUCUCCCGCGUCGUGCCCACACCUCUCUUCCACGCUGCUGUGGUACCCUCGACCCACUUUGGGAGCCUCAAAGCCGGUCACACCAACUACAUCAUGCGGCGGUUCGACCUCCUACUCUUUCUGGAAACCGUGGAGAGAUACCAUGUGACCGAGUUGGCGGUGGUUCCGCCCGUGGCGCUACUGGGUGACGAGGCACCUUGCACGCAAUUCUGGGGGAUGACGGAGACAAGCUGCAUAGCAACCAUGUUUCCGUAUCCAGAGCAGGACCAUACUGAGUCGGUGGGUCGGCUGAUACCGAAUCUCGAAACCAAGUUAGUCGACAACGCCGGCAACAACAUCUCAGCCUACGGCGUAUGCGGCGAGAUAUGUGUUCGAGGACCAACCUCGUUCGAUGAAGACGGGUGGUUUCACACGGGUGACAUUGGAUACUGUGAAGCGGGAACUGAGAAAUGGUAUAUCGUGGAUCGAAAGAAAGAGUUGAUCAAGGCCCGCGCUUUCCAGGUGGCUCCAUUGGAGCUCGAGGCUGUACUGAUUUCACAACCGCUCAUCAUUGACGCGGCUGUCAUCGGCGUCAGGAAUGUAGUCCCAGGGACGGAGCUGCCCCGGGCGUUUGUAGUGCGGCGACCGGGCGAUGGAGAUAGGCUGACGGAAGAGAAUGUGAAGAUCUAUCUCGAGGAGAGACUGGCCAGCUACAAAGCUCUGACUGGAGGAGUAAGUUUUGUAGGCGCGAUACCCAAGACCGCGAGUGGAAAGAUCUUGAAGAGCCUAUUGAGGAAGAGGAGCCAGAGGGAGGUCGAGGACGGCUGGAGACCGAGGCUGUAGCCUUGGGUACCUCGGUAAUGGUAUCUCAGCAGUCGCAAAACAAUUCCAUGCCUAAAUUUGACUGAGUCUUGAAACUGAAGCAGCAAUUAAACCUCUG